UGACGAAAACAGUUUCAGAACUACAUCAAAUCUCGGUGUGAUAAAACCAAAGGAUGCGCAAAUCGUAAUCGUUGAAAGAUAUGUUGUUGCGGAAAAGGAAUACGAGAAUUCGAUAAGAAAGUGGAAAUUUGUGCGGGUUUUGAUUACGGACACAGCCUCGAGCUCGAAAAAAUAAUCACAGUUUAGAAUCCACAAAUAGAUUCCAAUGCAAGAAACAAAAAAUUAGCAACGAUAAAACGCUCAAUUUGAAGGAUAAAUGAGAAAAAGAAAUUAUCAGCAUCCCCUGCGGCAGUGUUGACAAGCAGCCCUGGAGCAAGGCGAGGAAGGACCAAAUUAACAGGAUCAGUGUUCCCAUCCGUAGCAACCUCCUCCCCCUUAAACAUCUUCACACCCAUUGGAUACUGCUACCAACGAUUCGCACUAAUCAAAGAGACGCUACCGAGGCCAGCAUCAGCGUCUCCUGCUUAUUAUUAGCACACCUCCACUCGAAGGCAACGACCCAUUAGACGAACAACAAAGAAAAACCAUUCAAGUUGGAAGGUAAAAUCUUCUCGGCGGUGAACAACUUUCUCACUGCGUCGACCUUCGUCAAGGAUAUCCGACAACUUAUUAUGACUCGGCAAACCACUGAUCCAGACAACGUAGUGCAGCAUCAGCAGAGCGAACCAGAUUCCAGCCACACAAACCAGAGUGACAACGGCCACAGCUAUUCGACGCAGAGACUGGGCGGCAUCUCAUCCGAUCUUAGUGCCGAUUCCGCAAUCAGCAGCCAAAGUAUGCCCCGACGGCAGGAGGACAGACCCCCAAGCGACAGCUCCAGCGUGGACGGAAAUGUGUUCGUUGAUGGUGCCUCCGUCGGUGGUUCGCAAUCGAGAACUCGCCGAUCGCAAACCUUCGAUUCAAUCACAUCCAGCAAUUUCAACUACAGCCUCAACAAGAGGUUUAUCUCAAAGAACCAAAUGAAGGAAUUCCGGGAGGCGUUUCGACUCUUCGACAAGGACAAUGAUGGGUCAAUUACUAAGGAGGAACUGGGUACCGUUAUGCGCUCGCUGGGCCAGUUUGCCCGGGUAGAGGAGUUACAGGAGAUGCUGCUAGAAAUCGACGUCGAUGGCGAUGGAAAUGUGAGUUUCGAGGAAUUCGUCGAUAUUAUGUCCAACAUGACGGAUACCAUGGCAGAAACCUCUGCAGAUCAGGAGGAACGUGAGCUUCGCGAUGCUUUCCGUGUCUUUGACAAGCACAAUCGCGGGUACAUUACGGCUUCCGAUCUUCGAGCGGUGCUACAAUGUCUUGGGGAAGACCUUGACGAAGAAGAAAUUGAAGAUAUGAUCAAAGAGGUGGAUGUCGAUGGUGACGGCCGUAUCGAUUUUUACGAAUUUGUGCAUGCCCUCGGAGAGCCUGAAGAUUCCCAGGAGAAUGACGACGAUGAAGAAGCGAUGACACCACAAUCACUUACCUGUGACGUUCACGUUUAAACUAUCAUCUUACUGACCAACGAAACGCAACUCAAUUGGCAAUCGUAAAAGCUUAUACACCAAUCAAAGACAUCAGAUAUCAUUCGCAUGUUCAACAUUUUCAACAAACAUUCCGCUAACUUGUAAUCAAAGUUUUCUAUAAUGCAUUUUAAAAGAAUAAAAUAAAUUUCACCAAAAUGGGUAAAUAUAAUCGGUUCUUACUACGGAUAAGCAUAAGUACACAUAUCAGAUUAUUCAAGAUACAAAACAAGUAGUAAACUAAAACAGCUCUUCUCUGAAUAGAUGUUAUGUAGCGUCUAUUUGAAUAAUUAACAAAUUCAUGUGAUGCUAGUCAGACACAAAAUAUUAUCAUGAGGCAUUUAACUUUAUCAAUGUUGUAAACAGAAAAUUUUUGAAUUUCACGAUUUUUGCCAUCUUUAGCUGGUUUUAAAUAUCUAUAGUAUGAACGUUAUCUAAGAGAAAUUUUCAACUAAUACAAAAACUCAACAAGAGCAGCACCAGGACGAGACAUGAUACAAUGCAUUGACAAUGGGUGUAGGGCUUAGAUUAAAUACAGCGUGAAAUGUGGCAAACCAAAAGCAAACAUCAACUUUUACAUAUUAUUAUCUAGUAAUGUUACGAAUGUCACAGUGUACAAUCUCUUAAUGUACAGUGUUGAAUAAUAAAUCUAUCCUAUGCAUUACUGUC